ACAGAUUUACAUAAUUCAUUAAUAAAAGAAAGAAAGAAAACUGAAAAUACACGUACAUUUAUAAAUACAGGAAAAGAGUUAUUAAAGCAAGCUCGCAUAGAGAAACAAAAUGAAAGAAUUAAUCCAAGGAAAGAAAUGACAAUAGAAAGCGAAAUUAUAGCUUUGUCGAAUUACGGAAAUCCCAUAACAAAUGAACGAACAUAGAAGCUAAUAGAAUAACAAAGGGAAAAUAGAAGAGAAAAGCAUUUAAAAACUUUAAAUGACUUCGAAAAAUGGAUCGAAUCUUUAGAAAAAGAUGUUUUAUUAAAUUACAAAGAAAUAAAAAAUGAUAUAGAUAAUUAUUUUAUUAUAAAUGAUAAAUAAUUAGACGAUUAUUUUGAAAAAUUAAAUGACGAUGUUCUUUUAAAAAGAGAAAAAAAUAUUAUUUAAGAAAUUAAUGAUAUUGUUAAAUAAUGUGAAGUAAAGAAAAAAAAUAAAGUCAAUAAUUUAGAUGAGAAACUAGAAGAAUUAGAAAAGGAAAGGGAAAAUAAUUUUAUAUUUUUUUGCAAUAAAUUAGAGUUUUCACUAAUUGAAAUAGCCUUUAUGUUAGAACCAUAAGUAAAAGAACUUGUUAAUAUUAAAAGAGAUGAAUUCCAAAAAAGUGUUAAGGAAAAUAGAAUUUUAAAUGAAGAAUAUGUUAAAAAUACUGAAGAAUAAUAAUUGAAAGCUUUAGAAAAUUUCAUUUAAAAAAGAGACUAAAAAAUUUUAAGAUGGAAAUAAUUAAAACAUGAUGAAGCUUUGAAUAUUUUUAAUGUAGAAAUAUAAACUAUGGAAUAUGUUAAUCCUAAUUAAAGAAAGGAACUUUAUUAAGAAUUAAAAGAUAGAUAAGUUGAAAUAUUUAAAGGAAAAAAUGAAUUUUUAGAUAAAGUAAAUAACAUAGAUAUGAAUGCAUUAAGUAAAUCCUAUUGCGAAAAAUAAUUGGAAGAGUUAUAAAAAUAUAACAAUACAGCCUAAUUAUAUUUUGACUAGAUUUUCGAUAAAAUAAUGUAAGAAAGUGAAGAAAAUAAACAAAAAUGUACACAAAGAGUCUUUUAAUUAUAAUAAAGAUUAAACUACAUUGAAAAUUUGCCUGAAAAUGAAAUAGAAGUUCUUUUAAAUGAAUAAAUAAACCCAAUAAUUAUAUAAUUAUAUGAGAACUCACGUUAAUAAAUAAAAAAAAGUAUGUAAUUUUAAGAAGAGUAAGAUUUUAAACAAAAUGAGUUAGUUUAAAAUAUUUUGAAGGUUUUUUUAAAGAUUGGGGAGAAAAAUGAUGAUAGUAAAAAAAAUAUGUAAAAACUAAACUUCGAAUUUGAACUAAAAAAAGCUACUGCAGCAGAUGAAAACGAUGAAAAAUUAGAAAAAUUAAAUGAAGAAUUCGAAAAAAUCAAAUUUUUGUUAAAGUAAGCCCUCCACCAUCCUAAACUCAAUGAACUUUUGGAAAUUUCAUUUAAUAAAAUUGAUGAUAUAGAAAAGGAAUAUAGAGAUUUUCAUGAAAAAAACAUUCAAAUAGCAAAAUAAUAACCUAUUCUUAUCUAAAAUUUGUUUUUGGAAUAUGAAAAAUCUAUAUUGGAAUAUUUCGAAUUAAUUCCUUUGUCAUAAAAAAGCUAAAUUGAAACCAGAAAUCUAUAAAGAGCUUAAGAAAAGGCUUUAAAAAUAAUUCAAAAAUAGGACAAGCUUAAAGAAUUAGAAGAGUUAAAGGCAUAAACAGAUAAUGCGAAUAAAAAAUAAGCCAAAAAAGCACCUCCUGCAAAAAAAAACGAUCCUAAAAAAGGAUUAUCGGAAGCUGAAGUACGUUUAUAAAAUGUCAUAGAUCAAAUCGGAAUUGAACCUGUUUAAUUUUUUAAAACUCCACUUAAUAAUGAGUAUAUUAUGGGAAGUUCUGAAGAAGAGUUAGCAAUUAAACUUUAUAAAAUCGAAGGAGAAGAUGAAAAAAAACAGCCUACUGUUUAAUAAAUUUAAUAAGGUAGUUAAAUUGAUCUUCAGAUAAGUGAAGAAGUAAUUAUUCCUGUUGAUUUUAAAUAAAAUCCGCCAGUUGAUCCCGAAGGAAAUAUUAUUUUGGAGAAAAAUGUUGUUGUUGAAUUACAAAAAGUAAUCGAAAUUGUUUAAAAUUGUAAAAGAAAAGCUUUUGAAUAUAUAUAAAUAGUAUUAGAUGAAACAUAAUCAUAAAAUAAAAUUAAAGAAAAAGAAUUCGUAACUAUUAUAUUUAAAAUAUAUAUAUAUAUAUUUAUAUUAAAGAUAGAAGAUUCGAUUCUUAAUUUAGAUGAAAGGUUAAAAAUUCACUACCCUUUAAAAGGAAAAGUAGAAGUUGAAAUUUAUUAGGUAAGGUCUGCUUAAAUAAGUUAACAUAAAAAGAGAUAUGAAAGAUUUGCUAGAUCUUCUAUUGAAAAGAUUGAUUUAUAAACUGAGCAUUUCAACUUUUUAAUGGAAUAGGCUUUGGAAGAUAUGAAAGAACAUGAAAUAUAAUAGAAAUAAUAUAAAGAUUCUUUAUAGACAGCUAAUAAAUUGGCUAAACUUUAAGGAAUAUAAAACCAUGUUAAAGAGAAUUCUUUUUAAUUUGGAGAAAAAAUUAGAUAUUUGGAAGAAAAGUUAAAAAGUUUAGCAAAUGAUGAAAUAGAGUUUAUGCUUUAAAAAAAUAAAACUUUUAUAAAAGAAAGUAAGCUUUUCUCUGAAGGAGGUGAAUAUGCAGAAGAUGAAGUUUAAUGGUAUUAAAAUAUGAUAAAAGAUAUAGAUUAAUAAUUAGAAAAAUCUAGAAUUAAAAGAAACGAACGUAUAUAGGAAAUUAUAGUUCAUAUGAAUAAUAAAAAAAAAGAAUUAAUUGAAUAAUUUGAAAAAACUUAUGCUAUUGCUAUUGAAGAAUUAGCUGCAAAAGAUGGAACAGGUACAAAAUAUGGAAAACCACGUCGUUAUGUCUAAGAAAGAAUGCGAACAGAAAUGAAUAAAUGUGAAAAAGCUUAAGAUGCAAUAAACGAGAACUUAUGUAAGUUAAAAGAAUUAUAUGAAGAAUACAAAUAAGAUGAAAAUAAUAUUGAAAAACAUAUAAAAGAACAUACAUAAGUAAACAAAAUGAACUUAUUUUCAAAUAGAGUUAGAAGAGUACUUAUGGUACUAAGAACAAUAAUGAAAAGAUAUGCAAUUCAUAUAAAUGCUUUAAAAUAAAAUUGUCCAAUAAUAGAUAUUUAGAGAAUAACCUAUAUAGAAAAUAAAUUUGAUAUACAAAUAACUUAAUAAGAAUAUGAGAAAGAUAAGAUUUUAUAAGAAAAUGAAUUAGAAGAAAUCGGACCUCUUUUUUUUUAAAAAGAUAACUUAAAGUUUUCUGAAUGGGUACAAGAGAUUUAAAAAAAUACAAUAUUGGAAGCUUAAAAAAUAUAUUAAGGAGAAAAAGCAAAAUUUUUAACUGGAACUGAUAAAUGUCCUGAUUAUUUAAGAUAAUAUGUAUAAUUAAAUGCAAUAAAAGCAGAAGAAUUUAGAAUUUAAUCAUGUAGAAAUUUAAGAAAUUCAUGUGAAGAAUUAUCUAAGUUUUCUCCUUUUAUCAGCGAAAUGAUAUUCGUAUCAGUAAAGUGGAGACAUUAGUAAUUUUUGAACGAAGAAGAGAGAAAAAUACUUGAGAAAUUUAGUAUAAUAAAGGAAUAAAAUGAAAAUUAAAAAGAAAAUCAUAUAAAGAAACUUAGACCAAAUCUUUAAAAUCCUUAAUGUAAACAAGAAUUAAUACAAUUAGUGAAUGAAGAAAAAGAUAGAAUGAAAAAAUAUAUUGAAAUAUUAAAUUUUUACAAAAAUAAUUUACUAGAUUUGCGCUUUAAAGUAAGCUCAGAUUUCUUUAGGGCACUUUUAAAUAAUUUUGAGUUUUUAUUAGUUUAUUUUGAUAAUGAAAUCUUGUUUGAGGAUUUUAAUAAAUUACCUGGAGAUGAUGAAAUUUAAAAACAACAUGAAAAUAUUAAAGUCCUUUAUAGAAUUAAAUAAAAAGGAAUUAAUAUUGACACUUCAAGUGAAAGAUCUUUAAAUAAGGUUUGGGUAGGAUUUCCUAUUGAUUCAUUUAAUAUUGAUGAAAGAAAAGUUGAAUAUAAGUAAACAGUUGUCUAGGAAGAUGAGAAAGGGAAAAAAGAAAAUAAAAAAGGUAAAAAUCCACCCAAAAAAGGAAAUGAAUUGGAGGAAGCUAAUUAAACAAAUAAUAAUUAAACUAAAGAUAUCAAAUCUUUUAAAACCUAUAGGUAGAAAAGUGCGUGCUUGUAGAGAAAUAAAAUGUUUGAUGAAUUCAAGAAAAAUUUUUGUUAUUAGAUAGAGAAAAUUAAGUAAGAAUUCAACGAAUUAGAAAAUAUAGAGUAUAAGUUUGAAUUUAAAUGGGAAAGUAUUGUUAAAUCUUUAAAUAAUUUAUGA